UGAUUUAUGACAAAGUCCCUUUUAAGGAACAUCCGUUCACUUGGUGGCCAUAUUUGCAGCACCCCAGGGCAGCUAUUCGGGCAUCCAAGACCAAGCCCUAUCUAUUUGAAAUCCUGAAAUCUUAAAAAAAUGCUUGCCACACUCACAUUCACAUAAGCAUAUUUCAAAUAAGCAACAACAAACUGACAUAAACCGUCCCAUAAAUGUUGUUACUUGCAACAUUUUUCAGGGUUGCAAUUUCUCUCAUUCAUUAUAUGAGAGCACCGUCUUGAUAUUUCUAAAGUCUCAGUUUAUCCUUCUGGCUGAAUUAUCCUGACUUGAACUCUAAUGAUAUAACAUUACAUUCAUCCACCACCAAUGCCAAAGAAUAUAAGUAACAAAAUAAUCGAAUUUGAAUUUUUUUGAAUUAACUUUAAAUUGAACUUAGUAUUAUUAUUGGUUAUUAAAACAUUAGCAGAAAACAAAAAAGCACGCGCGCACGCAUACUACGUGCCAGCGUGGUCACGUUAGGAGGCACGUGCGUUUUCAGGCCAGAACAGGUGAAUGUAAAAUCAUCACAACAUAAAAAUAAUCUUUUCAAGAUGAUGUAUUUAAAAUAUAUGUACAUAGAAAAGUAUAUUCGCAUUUUAUUCGUUCAUUUCAUGGUUUUGAAGCCAACAACUCAUGGUUUGACAAUGUUUAUUAGACUUCAUAUAUUCGACAGAUCGCGUUUCACUUUUAUUAUUUUCGGAUUUUUGUUUACAUUCCAUCAAGAGCUUCAUAAGCCGUUGUACCGAAUGACCUGAUGUUUCGGGAGAGGCUGUGUCCGAAAACUGGAAAAUGCUUCCUUCGGAGGACACAUUUCAAGCCGCUGUUCUUCCAAGGCAACCAAAUCGGCCGCAGCUGAGAGAUGGUAGAGCUCUCUUGUGUCGCCAAUAUCAAGAAGCACUGAGGCUGCCAGUUCCUCUCGUCUACUGAGGUGUGAUGGUGUGAAAGGGAUUUAAUUUUAGCGGCUGCAGACGUUUGCUGUGAGGCUGCAUGCAGUAUCUUACUUAUUACCGAGGGGCCGAAGCCACGCACAGACUCAAAGGCUCCUGGGCAUUAGAAGGGCGGUGUGCAAUCCUCCGAGCGCCACCGUAAUCCAGCUGCCAUCAUCCAUUCUGGCUUGGUUUAAGAUGAAACGUCCCAGCUGUCAUCGGCUCUUUGAGGUUCAGUCCAAGAAGGUCUGUGAUACCUGGAAAGAGCUAUUCGUUAGAAUUCCCAUUCAUCUCAAUGGCAGUUACACAGCUGGUGCAGGACCCUCGAGAGUACGCGAUUAGAAACUGAUCUGUCGGCGCACUGAUGCCAAGUAGUUUGAGCCAAAAAUGAGGAGGAGUAGUUACGGCAUCUACCAGCAGGGACUAACUGGACCAUGCUAACCUUCCCAGGAAGAAAAAAAUGAAUGAUUUCCAGGCCUGGAUGGAAUCUAAACCUGCAGAAAACUGGUUUUGAACACCCAUCAUUCAAUUUACCUUCCAAAAACCGUUCCUGCAUAUUCUGCCUGUGCCUGUAGAUCUCCAUGUCUGUUUAUACUGCUAACCAAAGAGUGCUGUAUCAUCUGAUCCAUUUCAUCCUUAUAACAAACAAAAAGGAGGCCCGUCUGUGCCUGGACUUCUUUGAUGAGUCGCUGUUGUGUCUAGCUGAUGAGGUAUAUUUCUCUGGCAGAAGCAGAACCCUACUGAGCAUGUGCACAGUACGUGUCAUCAGUCCAGCUUAUUUCUGAUUGAAGUAAUUGAGUGUGUUUCAAUUGCUCCCAGUCCCCCCUGCACCCAUUACAGAGUCAAAACGAGCGGAUCACAAAGCAGCCCAGAGCCACUGCCAGGCAAACGUCUGCGUGCCGUGUGAAACCAGUGAGUCACCGAGCGUGAUAGUGGUUUGUCAUGUUUGGGAGGCAUCUCUUCUUCACACACCCGGCUGUCAGGGUCAGCAGGGACGGGAUACGGCACGCCAACCAACUAAGAAGGAUGGAGAGGUAGAAAGAGAGCAGGAGGGAAAGAAGUACGCACACAUGUCGAGAGAGAAGGCUGAGCGUUCACGCCCCCCUUCGAAGCCUCAUGACUCAUGAGUAGCAGCAGCAUCACACCCACCCCUUCCCUCUCCGGAGUGCCAGGAAGAGCCGGCGAACCACGCGUCUUCAGAAGAAGGAAAACAGAGGAAGGCAGCGGAGGAAGGGAGCAAAAAAGUUGGCCCGCAAGACUCCAGUGAUGUCACAAGCAUGUGACCCUGCUUCUCCAGUGACAGUGUUCUGAGGGAAAGAAAAAAGAUUUUUUAAAGGCUCGUGCCUCUUUGGGUUUGUGUGAAGGCUCCGCUCACCUCCCGAGCAACCACAGAACCGCAGAAAAGUUCGGCUCGGGAUUUUUGCAUGGGGCUGCCGGCGGCACGUAAAUGGUUAAUUGUCGCCGGUCAACUUCAGGUUUGAGGACCGCACCAACCAGCGUCAAGGGUCACCGAAAACCGCAGAGAAGCGAAAUUUGGGACCGACGGUGGCGACCAUGGCAUCUAACAGCCUCUUUAGUUCUGUGACCUCAUGUCAGCAGAACUUCUUCUGGGAUCCCAGCGCCGGCCGGAGGUUCAGUCCGCCGGUGUCGGUGAAGAUGAAUGAUGUGAACCCGAGCGCAGGACAGCAGCAGCAACAGCAGCAGGACAACGCGGUGGUGCCAAGACUCCGCGCGCAAGAGAACCGCUCCAUGGCCGAGAUCAUCGCCGACCACCCCGCCGAACUGGUUCGGACCGACAGUCCAAACUUUCUCUGCUCGGUUUUGCCUUCUCAUUGGAGGUGUAAUAAAACCCUACCGGUUGCGUUUAAGGUGGUGGCUCUGGGAGAGGUUCCUGAUGGGACGGUGGUCACAGUGAUGGCUGGGAAUGAUGAGAAUUAUUCAGCUGAGCUCAGGAAUGCCUCAGGAGUAAUGAAGAACCAGGUGGCCCGCUUCAACGACCUGCGCUUUGUGGGCCGAAGCGGAAGAGGGAAGAGCUUCACCCUGACGAUUACAGUAUUCACAAACCCACCGCAAGUGGCCACUUACCACAGAGCCAUUAAGGUCACGGUGGACGGACCGCGGGAGCCCAGGAGGCACAGGCCAAAGUUGGAUGACUCGCCGAAGGCCGGACUGUUCUCCGACCGUCUCAGUGAACUGGAGCGUAUCCGGCAGACCACCAUGCGGGUUACCGUGCCAACGCAAACUCCACGGCCCUCGCUUAGCAGCCCCAACUCCUUCACGCCUCAGGGGCAGACACAGAUAACAGAUCCACGCCAGGCUCAAUCUUCCCCACCUUGGUCAUAUGACCAGACGUACCCGUCGUACCUGAGUCCCAUGGCCUCCCCCUCUGUGCACUCCACCACUCCGCUCUCGUCCAGCCGGGCCACGGGGCUGCCCUCCAUCAGCGAUGUGCCCAGACGCCUUCCAGGUUCGACAGAUUUGAGUCCUUUUCCUGGCCAGUUUGAACGUCAGUUCCCCGGUUUCUCCUCACUCACCGAGAGCCGAUUUUCCAGUCCCAGAAUGCACUACCCGGCGACCUUCACGUACACGCCCACCCCGGUCACCACGGGGAUGUCUCUUGGCAGCGCUCAUUACCACACCUACCUACCGCCGCCGUACCCCGGCUCCACCCAGAGCCAAAGCGGACCCUUCCAGAGCAGCAGCACACCCUAUCUCUACUACGGAGCCUCCUCUGGCUCCUACCAGUUCUCCAUGGUUCCAGGAGGGGACCGAUCGCCCACCCGGAUGAUGCCGCCUUGUACUAGCGCAUCCACGGGAACCAGCCUGGUCAAUCCGAACCUCCCGGUCCAGGCUGAUGGAGGCGGGGGUGUGGAGGGAGAUGGUAGUCAUAGCAACUCCCCCACUCUGCUUAAUCCUGCUGGUAGAAUGGACGAAGGUGUGUGGCGGCCGUAUUGACCGGAGCGCGGAACGAGCGGCGUGGUUUUAAAGCACAAACCUUACUAGGAUGUUCAUCCUAUCUCGCUGAACUACUUUCCCUCGCUAUCAUGAGUAUUUAUGAGCCUGUUGAAAGGGAAGUAUUUUUUACAUUACAUUGAACUUUGUUGUCGUAAUACAUUGCUCUGGACUUUUUGACCUCUGGGAUUCAUUGUCACAGGCUGGAGAAUUUGGAAUUGAAGGAAUAGAGAUGGAUCGAGUAUUUCAUUACCAUCAUGUUAUUAUUUACUUGUCUCGGCAUGUUUUUAUUAUAUCGUUUAAAGCACUGAACAACAUCUGUAUGACAGUUUGUGAUCAAAAUCUCUUUUUUGUGCUUUUUUAACUUAAGCAUUUAAGUUAUACGUAUUUGAUAAAAGGAUUUAAAGUAACUUAUAAAGCCAUAGAUUAAUGUAUUUGGAACUUGAGUCAUAGAGGGAAUAUUUUUGUAAAGCAUCUAUGUUCAAGUUAAUGCAACUAAUUUAGGGUAAUUUAAAUUUAUGUGCCUUAAUUGAUCACACAGAGUUGUAUGUUUAAGUCUAAUGCGUU